CCAUCGUGGGCUGAUACGCCCGCAGCACCGGCGGGAGGCGCGGCGGCCGGCGAGCCGAGGGCGCAGCCAGCCGGGCAGACCGCGGACAGCGGUCGGGACGCCGCGCCAUGGGUCGAGCCGAGGGCGGGGUCCCGGGUCGGGGGCCGCCGCCGCUGCUGCUGCUUCUGGGGGCCACGCUGGUCCUCGCCACUGGGGCCGCACCGGUGCGUGAGGCGAGCAGAGCCGUCGAGGCAGACAGGCAGGUGAAGAGAGUCCUGGCAUGGGAGCCGCGUGCUAACGACACGCGGGAGAAGGCCGGCCCACCAGCAGCUGGGGAAGAUGAGACCUCUCGGACUGCGCCCGGCGGCGAGCAUGCGGUGAUGGGCCCUGGGGUCGGGCCAGAUGAGGCUCUGGAGGCAUCGGCGGCGGUGACAGACACAACCUGGCUGGAGGCGGACAGCCCAGGCCUGGGCGGAGUGACGGCAGAGGCGGGCAGCGGCGACACCCAGGCCCUUCCAGCCACGCUCCCGGCUCCCGACGAGGCCCUCGGGCAGUCAUCGACGGCCCCCGCCACCCCCGAGGCUACAGAGGCCAGCGGGCCACCCUCCCCCACCCCUGGCGACAAGCUGAGCCCAGACCCUGAACUCCCCAAGGAGAGACCCUUGGAGGUUUGGCUGAACCUGGGAGGCAGCACACCUGACCCUCAUGGGCCAGAGCCCAUGUACCCCUUUCAGGGCACACUAGAGCCCCACACGGCGUCAGAUAUAAUUGACAUCGACUACUUCGAAGGAUUGGAUGGUGAGGGCCGUGGCGCCGACCUGGGGAGCUUCCCCGGGUCUCCAGGUACCUCAGAACACCACCCUGAUCCUGAGGGAGAGACCCCUUCCUGGAGCCUGCUUGACUUAUACGAUGACUUCACCCCCUUUGAUGAGUCUGAUUUCUACCCUACCACAUCCUUCUAUGAUGACUUGGAUGAAGAAGAGGAGGAAGAGGAGGAUGACAAGGAUGCAGCAGGAGGCAGAGACCUGGAAGAUGAAAAUGACUUUCUAGUGCCCACUGAGAAACCUGGUUUGGGGCCCGGGACAGGCCAGCCCACCGGUCGGUGGCAUGCUGUCCCUCCACAGCAUACUCUGGGUAUGGUCCCCGGCAGCAGCAUCGCCCUCAGGCCCCGCCCAGGAGAACCAGGCAGGGACCUGGCCCCAAGCGAGAAUGGCACUGAGUGCCGCAGUGGUUUUGUGCGACAUAACGGCUCCUGCCGGUCAGUGUGCGACCUCUUCCCAAGUUACUGUCACAAUGGCGGCCAGUGCUACCUGGUGGAGAACAUAGGGGCCUUCUGCAGGUGCAACACGCAGGACUACAUCUGGCACAAGGGGAUGCGCUGCGAGUCCAUCAUCACUGACUUCCAGGUGAUGUGUGUGGCCGUAGGCUCGGCCGCCCUUGUGCUGCUCCUGCUCUUCAUGAUGACGGUGUUCUUCGCCAAGAAGCUCUAUCUGCUCAAGACAGAGAACACCAAGCUGCGCAGGACCAACAAAUUCCGGACCCCAUCUGAGCUCCACAACGAUAACUUCUCCCUCUCCACCAUUGCCGAGGGCUCUCACCCAAACGAUGAUUCUAGUGCUCCCCAUAAAAUCCAGGAAGCUCUCAAGUCCUGCCUGAAAGAGGAGGAGCCAUUUAACAUUCAGAACUCCAUGUCGCCCAAACUCGAGGGUGGCAAAGGUGACCAGGCCGACUUGGAGGUGAAUUGUCUUCAGAACAACUUAACCUAAAGCAGAGCAAGAAGAGAGGAAAUGGGGGUGGGGGUGGGGGGGGGGAGAAGAAUUAUCUCCUCUUGUACAGAGUAUUUCUUGUAACCAUUUGUUAAACUCCUUUCUUUUUUCUGAUCUCAUGGCAUGCUUUGGUGUAUUUUGUACAGGAGGGAAAAAAACACAAAAUAUGCAAAGAACCUAAAGAGAAUUGCAUACAUUGGAUUGUUUUGUCUGUGCUGUCUGUACAUUGCUUCUGCUGCUGUGAUUUCUAAACCUAUGCUGUUAUUCAACUGACUUUUUUUUUGUACUUUGACCCACCUUUUUUUGAAA